AUGAGGCAGCCACCUCCGCCUCCUUCCGCGUGGGGGCGCCAGAGCGCAGAGGCCUCGCCGGGGCGGGGCGAGCCCAGGGGCAGAGUGCCGGGACUGAGCGCGCAGGCUCACGCGCACGCGCAGUCGUGGGCCUUCUCCAUCCGGGUCUCGCGCCGGCGGGAUCUCCGUGCUCAGCUCGCGGCUGGCAUGGCUGGGCUCGAGCAGCCGGGGAAUGGCGGGCGGGGGCGCGCGGCCCGGAGGGGGGGUCCCGGCGGCGUGAGGACAACGGUGUCGCGCGAGCUGCUGCGCGCGGGCUGCGCAGGCGCAGGCGGGCUCCAAGACACGCUGCUCAUCCGUUCCAAAGGCAAGAGCCCGGGCUUGAAGACCGUCCGAGUGGAGAGGAGCAGCCUUUUAGAAAGAGUAAAGAACUUCCUACCUCACAUCGAACAGGCAAACAAAAAACUAAGAGAGGAAAUGGCGUCAGGGCCUCCAGGCCUGUUCAAUAUUGAAAACGUAGAUGACUCCCAGGAAAAAACCAUAGAAAUGGACGUGGCGGUGGUGGAGGUGAGCAGCUCUGAUUCUGAAGACCUCAGUUCAGGAGAGAGUUCCGAAUGCGAGGAUGAAAACAGCAUAACUGGAGAGGUCACUGUGGAGAAUAUUAAGCUUCCUAAACCAGGAGGAAGGAGAGGCAAGAUAGAAGUGUUGGACACUUGAACCACCAGAUGGGUGAAGCUGCCUGUCUCAGGCCCCACCUGGGCCGCCCUCAGGGGACCCGGCCCCCUCUGGCUCCAGGGGAUCGUUUGUGUGACUGACCAUUGUCUGUUUCGUGGGACAUCUGCACUGCUUCUGUAUAUGUUGUAUGUAGUUCACUAGGGUUAUGUGUGAAAGUCAACUUUUCUAGCCCCUUGCCCAGAACCCAGCAUGGAAACAAAUGGCACUAAAUAAAUGCUUUUAAAAUCAACAAA